AUGACCACAUGGCGUAUUCUCACCAAAUACUUGGGUCUACACGCUUAUAAGAUUGUCCUCACUCAAGAACUUGAACCGAUGGACCACGAAAAACGAAGAGAUUUCGUCGAAUGGGUCGAAGGAAAAGAGGCCGCGGAUGCCGAUUUUUUGAAGAAAGUGAUCUUUUCGGAUGAGGCUCAUUUUCACUUGAAUGGGUAUGUGAAUCGCCAAAAUUGUCGAUUCUGGGGAAGCGAAAAUCCAAGAGAAACUGAAGAAGUGUCAGCUCAUCCAGCUCGUUGCACUGUUUGGUGCGGUUUAUGGGCCGGCGGCAUCAUCGGGCCGUAUUUCUUCGAAAAUGAUGAUGGUCGAGCCGUUUCCAUCAAUGGCGAGCGAUAUCGUGAGAUGUUGCAGUAUUUUUUUUGGUCGGAAAUUGAAGGCAUGGACUUAUCCGACAUAUGGUUUCAACAAGACGGCGCCAGACCACACACAACACCUGAAACAUUAGCGGUAAUCGAAGAACGUUUUCCAAAUCGCAUCAUUUCUCAAAAGGCCGAAGUGGAAUGGCCGCCUCGUUCGUGCGAUUUAACGCCAUUGGACUAUUUUCUUUGGGGCUACGUCAAGGAUAAAGUCUAUGCCAACAAACCAAGCACCAUUGCCGAGCUGAAAAUUGAAAUCAGACGUGUCAUAGCCACCGUAAAUGUGCCAUUACUCGAAUCUGUAAUUGAAAAUUUGGGCAAGCGGCUGAAGGUCUGUGAAAAGAGCCGUGGUGGACAUUUACACGAUAUUCUUUUUCAUACAUAA